UCUUUCGCCAUGAGCUCCUCUGUAAGCUCUCCUUACUCACUAGGCUUUCUGGUUGUGGGCCUCGCUUGGGCCUUCUGGAUUCUUCUGCCCAAAUAUGUCCGUUGGCGGUCCCGAGUGGCAAUGCUGAAUGUGAUCCCGACAGUUGGCCCCACUGGCUUUUUAUCUGGAUUCGUCGGAACAUACCGGUUCUUCACUAAUGCCAAAGAUAUCCUACAGGAAGGAUAUGAAAAGUACCCAAAUCGCAUCUUCAAGGUCGCUCUCGUAGAUCGUUGGGCGAUAAUAGCUCCUGGGCGCAUGAUGGUUGAAGAUUUAAUGAAGGCUACAGAUGAUCAACUGAGUAUGAUUGAGGCAGCAGCUGAAACAUUGCAAGUGGAAUAUACAUUGAGUAAAGAAGUUGUUCUUCAUCCAUACCAUGUCGCGAUUGUCCGUACACCUAUGACCCGUAAUAUUGCAACUCGAUUUGCUGAAGUGAGGGAUGAGACGGUUUCCGCUUUUGCGGAUCUCAUUCCUGCAAAAGAUGACUGGGUCAAGGUUCCGGCCUACAAAACGUCCUUCCAAAUCGUGGGCCGUACUGCUAACCGCUUCUUUGUUGGUCUCCCUCUUUGUCGUGAUUCUGAUUGGUUGGACUUGAAUACAAACUUCGCGGUCGAAGUGUUCAUCUCUGCAAUGAUCAUCAACCUAUUUCCUUCGUUCCUGAAACCAAUCGCUGGGCAUUUAUUAACGCGAAUGCCAUCUAGUAUGAAACGGGCCACCAAGCAUCUAGCUCCUAUAAUCGAAGAGCGCCUAGCAAGGGAAGACGAAUAUGGAACUAAGGACUGGCCUAGUAAACCCAAUGAUUUGAUAUCGUGGCUGCUAGACGAGGCAAAGGCUGAACAGCGUGAAGUUUCUGACCUGAUUACCCGGAUUCUCGCCAUCGAAGUUGCUGCCAUUCAUACCACAAGCACCGCUUUCUGUAACGCACUAUACCAACUCGCGGCACACCCAGAACUGGUUGUGCCUCUUCGAGAAGAAGUGGAAGCCAUAGUGGAAGAAUCGGGUUGGACAAAAGAAGGUGUCGGAAAAAUGCGUAAACUGGAUAGUUUCCUAAAAGAGACCUUGCGAUUUUCUGGUGGCGGUGGAAUCGUCAAUAAUCGCAAAGUCCUCACAGAUUUCACAUUUUCGGAUGGGACGACUGUCCCAGCUGGGACAACCAUUGGUGUUGCGGCAUACAUGCAUCAUCAUGACGAGGCUCAGUAUGACAAUCCCUACACGUUCGAUGCCUUCCGAUUCUACAACAUGAGAAACCGCGAAGGUGAAAGCAUUAAGCAUCAAACUAUUUCCCCAGGUCCGGAUUAUAUCACCUUCGGUAAUGGACGACAUGCCUGCCCAGGACGGUUUUUUGCUGUGUAUGAAAUCAAAGGCCUCAUUGCGCACAUCUUGAUGUCUUACGAUGUUAAGUUGGAGACCGAGGGAGUCAUACCGCCAUAUGAAUGGCAUGGUCCAAGCAUGGAUCCCAGCAGCACGGGCGAGGUUUUGUUCAGGAAACGACGAUAGCAUUGCAAUAUAUUCAUCUCAUAUCUGAAGUUCACGGUAUGUAGUGGUGUAGUUUUGGAGCGAUACUAUGAACGCUUCGAACUUUGAACAUUCACGCUCAGGAUGAUGCGUUCGUGACGGAAAAACUGAGGCAUAGAUGUUGAGACAAACCAGCAUAGGUCCGAUUCGCCCAGGAUUCACCGAUGAAAGGAUACAGGCAUUGCACCAAUAAGACAGACUGGCAACGACCUUACGAGAGUGAAGUAGUAGUUGCAAACAAUAUUCUAAAAUAUUCAUUC